AUGGAAGAAGUUAUUUCGAGAAGAGAGGAUGAAAUUACAACAUCUACAUCUGCAUCUUCUUAUCAAGACACCGCAUUCUUUCCUCAUCUUGACACUCUGGCGCUUCAAUCUCUCCCAUGUCUAAAGCGUAUCGAUGAUGAAAAGAAUAUCGUUCAUGAUCACCUCCAGAGUGCUCAAGUAACCGGCUCUUAUUGGUCCUUGUGCCAAUACCCCACAAAGAUAACCAUAAGUGGCUGUGAGGCAUUGUCAAGUCUAAUUCCAUGGUAUGCAGCAGGACAAAUGAAAAGGCUUCAAGAGCUGAAAAUUAGUAGUUGCUGGAAGAUGACAGAGUUAUUUGAAAAUGAAGGAAGUGGGGCUGGUACUUCAUUAACAAGUCUACCUCUACAAAACAGUACCACUGUAGCUGUCCCUCAACUCUCCAACUUAGUAACUGUGGGUAUCUAUGAGUGUCACCAUCUGACACAUAUAUUCACAUUCUCCACUCUUAAGACUCUCAGUCAUCUCAAACAGUUGAAAGUAAAAAGAUGCAACACAAUACAAGUGAUUGUAAAAGAAGAAAACAAAACGUCAUCAGAAGAAGAAGAAGAAGUUGUGGUGUUUCCUAAUCUGGAGACGCUUGAACUUGACCGUCUACCAAGCCUCAAGGGUUUCUUCUUGGGAAUGAAUGACUUCCGAUGUCCCUCAUUGGUGACUCUUAUGAUCAAUGAUUGCCCUAAAUGGGUGGUGUUUACAUCUGGUCAGUCGGAAACUCCAAAGCUCAAGUACGUACACACAAGCUUUGGCAAACACAGUCUUGAACAUGGUUUUAACUUCCAGACCACAUUCCCAACAUCUUCAAAAGGGAUGCCUUCUUCCUUUCAUAAUCUGAUAGAAAUUAAUAUCGAGAAUCCUCUGAUAGAAAUUAAUAUAGAGAAUCAAGAGGAUGUUGGAAGGACUAUUGUUCCAUCUCAUGCGCUGCUACAACUGGCAGCAAAUUACUAUAAAAGGACCAUGUAA